CAUUUUAGGACCUGCAGGUCCCUUUCUUAUUAUUGUCUUCUUUGUAACUCAUCCAAAAAGAAUACAGGAGAACAGCGAGACGCAAAGUGGAGCAAAAAAAAUUAUUGACCCGAGCUGUAAAGCUUUAAAUAAGCACCUGGAUAUGGAGUUGAAGGACUGUAAGCUUUCAAGGAAGUCUUCCAGGAUGUAAAAUCCCUCAAAGUCAAACAAAGUCUGAACUACACCGGAAAACAAGUCCCGACGACAGUAAAAACAUGGCAGAAAACGUGCGAGUUGCAGUCAGAGUUCGACCUUUUAACAGUCGUGAAAAAGCUAGAAAUGCCAAGCUCAUCAUCAAUAUGAUUGGAAAUAAUACAGAAAUCAGGGAUCCUGAAGCUCCCAAUGCUGAACCUAAAAAAUUUGCCUUUGAUUUUAGCUACUGGUCACAUGACUGUUUUAAAGAGCAAGAUAAUGGCUACCUUGAGCCAACUGAUCCUAAGUAUGCUGAUCAAAAAAUGGUCUUUGAUGAUUUGGGACAAGGUGUUUUGGCCAAUGCAUGGAAAGGCUACAACUGUUCCCUUUUUGCAUAUGGCCAGACAGGAUCUGGAAAAUCCUAUUCUAUGGUUGGAUAUGGUGCAAAUAAAGGAAUAGUACCAAUAUUCUGUGAAACACUCUUUAAAGAAAUUGAUGAAAAAAAGAAUAGUGGAGUAAAGGCAGAAUUCCAGGUCGCACUGAGUAUGCUGGAAAUUUAUAAUGAACAGGUCAGAGAUUUAUUGAAUCCUGCAAGUAACAAGAAGGGUGGAUUAAAAGUCAGACAACACCCAAAUAAAGGGUUUUAUGUGGAAAGUCUUGUGACAGUACCUGUGAAAAGUUAUGCAGACAUUGACAACCGCAUAGAAGAAGGCACUAAGAGUAGAACAGUAGCUGCCACAAACAUGAAUGCCACUAGCAGUCGGGCACACACUAUUGUGGCCAUCAACUUCAGUCAGAAAAGUAAAAAUGAAGCAGGACAGAACAUGACCAAGACAUCUAUAGUUAACUUGGUAGAUCUUGCUGGAAGUGAACGUGCUGAAUCCACUGGUGCUACAGGGGACAGACUGAAAGAAGGUUCUGCCAUCAAUCAAUCGCUAUCAAUGUUGGGAAACUGCAUCAAAGCCUUGGCUGAUCAAAGUUCAGGAAAAAAGAAUGUUCUAGUUCCGUUUCGUGAUUCAGUCCUAACAAAAUUGCUCAAAAAUGCUCUUGGAGGCAACAGCAAGACAAUAAUGAUUGCUGCACUCAGUCCAGCCGAUAUUAAUUAUGAAGAAACUCUUUCAACCUUGAGGUUUGCUGACCGAGCAAAAGCCAUUAAAACGAAAGCCGUCGUGAACGAAAGCCCAACUGACAAACUGAUCCGUGAGCUGAGAGAAGAGAAUGCACGACUAAUGGAACAGAUUAAAAAGGGAGGUGUAGUGUACGUCCAGGGGGAGGCACCUGAACAGCAGCAGCCAGGUGGACCGUCAGAAGAAGAAAUGGAGGAAAUGAAGAAAGAGAUGGAAGAACAGUUAAAAAGGAAUCAAAUGGAGAUGGAACAAAUGGAGAAAUCGUGGAAGGAAAGACUAUUGGAAACAGAGGCAGCAUACAAGGCGAAAGAAGAGGAGGAGAAGAGAGAAAAAGAGAUGCGUAUUACUACUCCGCACUUCUGGAACUUGAACGAGGAUCCUCAGCUGUCGAACAUGAUAGUUCACUUCAUUAAACCAGGUACACAAAGAAUUGGUAAUCGUAAAGCUGACCCACCUGCUGAUAUAACACUGAGCGGUCUGAGUAUUUUACCAGAUCACGGUUCUCUCAAGUGUGAAAAUACUACCAUUAAAAUCAAGCCCUCUAAGAACGCAAAGCUGACAAUCAAUGGAAAGCCGUGCACAGAAGAAAAAGAACUACAUCAUAAUGAUAGAGUCAUGUUCGGAUCCAGUAACCUGUUUGUAGUGCACCACCCUACAGAACUGGACAAAGCCAUCCAGUCAGGAGGCAAAGUAGAAAAGAUCACCUUUGAUAUGGCACAGGAAGAGAUCGCACAGAACUCUGGCUUCAACAUGGACAAGACUGGAGGAAAAUCAAAUGAUGAAUUGCUGCUGCAAGAGGAUCUUGUGAAGCUCGUCCCUAUGGUAAACGAAGCGAAUGCAAUGGGUGAAGAACUGGGAAAGAAGGUUAAGUUUGAACUCAUGCUUAUCUCGCCGCAAUCAAGAGGAUUAAAGGAAGGCAGAACCGAGGUGAAGGUAAAGAUGAAAAGCACCGUGGAUGAUGCGGAGUGGGUUUGGGACCGGAACAAGUUUUCUAACCGGAAGUACCUGAUGCAGGAAAUGUAUCAGAAUUAUGUUGAAGGAGAGGAGUGGGACAAACCAAAGGAGGAAGAUCCGUUCUGGGAGCCUGAUGAUGUAGACGUUAUGAUUGGAUCUGUACAGGUUUACCUGCAGAGCUUGGCGUACAAAAUUGAGUUAGAAGAAAAUCUGGCCAUCACUGACCAUCGCGGUGACGACAAGGGCACGCUGCAGGUUGAGAUUUUCCCCUGUGAUGAUAAGGGAAAUGAAGACAAUGAUGAUUUCGUUGAGGAACCAGAGGAAUUGGUUGGCAAGAAUUUGUAUUUUAAUUUUAAAAUUCCUUCGGCUCGAGGUCUCCCGCACCGGUUUUCCAAGGGUCAAACAUAUUGUAGUUUCAAGUUCUAUCUGGAUAAACAAGCCUCGUCAACUGGAACUAUUGAGAACACAAUUAAUCCAAACUUUGGUUACAACAAGAGAUUCUCGUAUUCGCCAGUAACAAAGCAGUUUCUAGAUUAUUUACAAAACCAGCCACUAGUAAUCGAAGUAUGGGGUAAGCAGAGAGGUCGUAAAGUAAGCAAAGUAGAACAGCCCGGUCCUAAACCAGUACCCAACAAAACUACCCCACCACAGAAUACACAGACACCGCAACAGCCCGCUAAUGGUGGACCACUAGCACAUAGGACACCUUCUUUGACUAAUGAAGAGCAGCGUGCACGUGAUCUGCAGAUGACAAAAUCUAUUAAACGAGCUGAUCGUUCAGAGAAAAAACUGAAAAAGAUUCGAGAGAUGGUAGAACAAGCCAAGAAAAACAACAAUACAGCUAUACCAGUGUCGGAGAUUGAAGACAUACUUAACGGAGGAGAGGGUGACAAGUUCAAAGCAACCGCUAGUAUUGUCAUGACAACAAACAAAGCAGCUGCAGAAAAUGACGGCAAAGUAACCAGCGCGGCUUGUGUCGUCCAAUGAGCAAUCAGCUUGUUUUGUCCAAUAAGCAAUCAGCUUGUAUUGUUCAAUGAGCAUUAAGAUUCAUCUGGUGUGCGUCUAGUGAGUAUUCAACUGGAGUGUCCAAUGAGAAAACGGCUACUUUUUAUCUAAUUAGCAUUCUAUUUGUGUUGUGUUAUCCAAUAAUUAUACAGCUCGUAUU